AUGAAAGUAAAUAAUUUCACUUACUGCCCCGUGUCGGAAACUUACAAAGAGAUUCUGUUGCCUGUCACUUACAGCCUAGUGUUUGUGCUUGGGCUGGCUCUUAACGGGAGAUUACUUUGGUUGGUCUGCUUCAGAACCAAGACCUGGAGCUGUUCUGUCAUUUAUCUGGUCAACCUGGCCGUUGCUGACCUGCUCCAUGUGCUGACACUGCCGUUACUCAUAGUCAGUUACGCCAUGUACGACGUGUGGUUGUUUGGGGACGCAGCCUGCAAAGCCGUGCGUUUCUUUUUUUACACGAAUCUUCACGGCAGCAUAAUGUUUCUCAUGUGCAUCAGCAUUCACCGCUUCCUGGGCGUGUGCUACCCCAUCAAGGCCAUAAAGUACAGGACUAAAAGGAUCGCUGUUCUCGCCUCAGCUUUGGUUUGGAUCCUCGUCACGGGUGAAAUUUUUCCCACUCUCGCCUUUGCACAUUCCGGGUUUAUCAACAACGUGACGGUGUGCUUCGACCUGACCAGCCCUGGGAAGUUCAAACAAUAUUUCCCCUAUGGUAUGUUCCUCAGUGUUGUCGGUUUCCUGCUUCCCUUCUUGGUCAUUGUCACCUGCUACUGUUUAAUGAUGAGGACACUCUCCACGAUCGACGACAACAUCAAGGUAGGAAAGGAGAUGCGCACCAAAUCAGUCCGAACCAUUCUGGUGGUGUGCCUGCUGUUUGCGCUCUGUUUCGUGCCCUAUCACAUCAUGAGGACUAUUUACCUUUUCGUGCGCGUGUACUUGGCCAGCAACUGCACAGUUCUCAACGUGGUGAUGGUGACUUACAAAAUAUGGAGACCUAUCGCCAGCUUCAACAGCUGCAUCAACCCCAUACUCUACUUUAUGUGCUCAGACAGACAGCGCAAGAAGCUCUUUGCUAACAUGUGCAAAAAGAGGGUCCAUCCAUCUGCAUGCGCCGCGCAAGUGCGAGGAACCAUGGGAAACAGAUGUACCCCUUCGGAAGAUAUACAGGGAAAAUGGGACAGCUAUCGAAUCUCAGUUGCCCAGAGUACAGGGUCUUUGACGCCCAGACAAACGAUCGCCAACACGGAAAUGUGUGAUUAA